AUGCAAAUUUCACAACAAAUUGGACAUUCUUCAAUACAAGAGAAGCUCUCGUUGAGGAUAGCGACAAAGCCCGAGAGUCAGAUGGUCAAAUCGGGCUCUUCAUUCGAGCUCUCUUGUGAAGCAAUCGGCACUCCACCUCCAGUUUUCACAUGGUUGUUGAAUGGAAAGCCAAUUGUCGGUGGUCAAGACAAUAAUCUUCUUGAGAAGCUUCACAAUGUGGGAAAGACCACCGUAGAGACCUCAAUCACAAGGACAACAAUUAAAAUCCCAUGUGCCGAGAAGAAACAUCGAGGAAAGUACACAUGUGUCGUCACAAAUGGUUUCAUCACUGAAAAGGCUGAUGCAAGGAUUGUUGUUGCCGGUGGCCAAUCAAAAUGUUCAAAAGAAGGCCAACCACCACAAAUCGUUCAGUACACGGAAAGCAGAUUUGAACGCGAGGGAAACACAGUGCAACUCUUUUGUCGUACAAUUGGUGCAAAGUCGAUCGCGUGGUACGGACCGGAGAGGGAAUUUUUAAACCAUGCACCUGGAUAUGAGGUCUUGGAAAACGGUGACUUAUUGAUCCGAUCAGCUUCCUGGAAGCAUUUGGGUGUGUUCACUUGUGUGGCGACGAAUGAGUUUGGAGAGGCUCGAGCUGAGGCUUUCUUCUAUCCACCAGCUGAUUUCGACGAGGAGACAAGCGCCGGCGAUGACGGAGAUCUCUCAUUCUCACUC